AUGGCUAGUCCACCUUGUGCUAAGCUUAUUGGUGUACACACGUUCUUAGUUAACACUGCAGCUCAACAUCAUGAUCAACGAUCCACUAUACAGCAUACUCACUCAUGUAUCCCGUCGCACAAUCUUGUCACCGCUUGCGAAGAUUCUCCAGAUACCGGUACUCCUCCCAAAAUCUCCAUCAAAUCUGCGUUCUGA